AUGGCAUCCAAUAAUACUCACAAGGGAUUGGGACUGGGAAGACAUACUGUUAUUGGGGAAGAUCAACGAACGAUGAAAUCAAAAAUGAGGGAAAAAGUUCGACCUAAGAUGGGAAAAAUAGACAUUGAUUAUCAGAAACUUCAUGAUGCUUUUUUCAGAUAUCAAACUAAACCUAGAAUGACAAUACACGGUGAUCUUUAUUAUGAAAAUAAAGAAUUUGAAACAAGGUUAAAAGAAAAGAAACCUGGUAUAUUAUCAGAUGAACUCAGAACAGCACUGGGAAUGCCAAUAGGACAUAAUAAAGAAAAGAUUCCUCCACCUUGGUUGAUUGCAAUGCAACGUUAUGGUCCACCUCCUUCAUAUCCUAACCUCAAGGUUGCAGGUUUAAAUGCACCAAUUCCCGAAAGUUGUUCUUUUGGUUAUCAUGUCGGAGGAUGGGGAAAACCACCUGUAGAUGAAAUGGGAAAACCGUUAUAUGGAGAUGUAUUUGGUGUACAAGUUGGCGAAUAUGAUGACCUUGGUGAUAAUGAUGAAGUUGAUAAAACACCUUGGGGUGAAUUAGAAAGUGAGAGUGAGGAGGAAUCAUCCUCUGAGGAAGAGGAAGAGGACCAACAACAACCUGAUGCAACUGGGUUCAUUACCCCGGCAGAAAGUGGUAUGGUUACACCAAGCGGUAUAUCAUCUGUGCCAACGGGAAUGGAAACACCAGAUAUGAUUGAAUUGAGAAAGAAAAAGAUUGAAGAUGCAAUGGAAGGUGGUGAAACACCAGAACUGUAUACUGUAUUACCUGAAAAAUCAGCUGGAAUGGUUGGAAGAUCAAUGAUGGCUUCCAGUCAUGUUUACGAUAUUGCUGGUGCAAAACGUGCGCAAGGUACAGGUGCUUCUGAUCAAGCCGGUGUUGAAGUUGCAUUGAAUCCUGAGGAACUUGAGUUGGAUACUGCUGCUAUGGCUGCAAAAUAUGAGGAAAGGGUUCGUGAACAACAAGCUCAAGUUGAAAAAGAAGAUUUUAGUGACAUGGUAGCGGAACAUGCAGCUAAACAAAAGAAAAAGAGGAAAGCACAAACACAAGAACCAGGAAGGGCAACAAAGAAAUACAAGGAGUUCAAGUUUUAAUAUCACAAUCAUUCUUUCGACAUUAUGGGUAUUGUCUACUUUAAAGGCACUUUCGCGAAUGUUGAGUUCAUCGAUAUAGGAGUUUAAAUGGGACCAAAGCGAUGAAUUGCAGAAGAUUAGAAA